AUGCAGACAAGAAAUAUGUCUUCAGGAAUAGCCGCCGAUCGGAUCAAAGACAGCGAAGAGAGUGUUUGGGUAGAAUUUAUACAAUUGGCUCAGGACUACAAACCUCUGAAUCUGGGACAAGGAUUUCCAGACUUCGCCGCCCCGAGUCAUGUCCGCAAA